AUGGGUGUCCCCUUCGAGGCUCUCCUUCCCUUCGGCAUCAUCAUCGGAUCGUUCACUGUCGGCGGUGCCGGCUUGUGGGCUAUCCGGAGAUGGGACAACGAGGGCAAGAUGCCGCGGUGGAACAAGGAUAAGUGGGAUAGACAAAGUAUCGAGCUAACUCUCGACACCCCCCGCCUACCAGUGAUGGAGAGAGACCUGAGAAUCACGGGCACGAAACGAGGACAAUCGAGCAACCCGGAAGCUCCCAAGGGAUUCGAGCUCAGCAACCCCUGGAAGAUCGAGAAACGGAUUUUCUAG